AUGAAACAUACUAGAGAUUCUGUUAAUCCUGAAGUUCGAGAAUUCAUUAAAUAAUUCACAUCAUCAUAAUAAGAACUUAGACUUAAUAAAUAAACUAAUACUGAUUAAAGUACAUCUACAAUAGUCUAAAGUGAUAUUAAGUCAGAUCAUGUAAAAGUUAAAGAAGUAUUCUUUAAAUUGCCACAAUAAGAAAAUACAGAAAAUAAAUAACCAUAUCUUAAAAUAUCAAAGACUCCAGUUGCAUCUUCCUUUACAAAUUCUUUAUCAAGUAUGGAUCAAGAUAGAUAUACAGAAGUUAUUGUUUAGAAAGUUGUUGAAGAAUUAGAAAGAAGGAAUUAUUGCAAAAAAAAACCUUUAUUAUCUAUUUAAUAAAAUACUAUAUAAAUGAGUAUCACACCAAAAAGUGAAUUAGAAUAUUUAGAUGAUGAUUCAUUUAUACGUUAAAUGUACUAAACAUAUAAUUAAUUUAAGUUAAUAAACUUUAUUAAGUCCUAAUCAAACACCUAAAAAAGUAUAAAUUAGAGCCUUUGAUUGUUUUGAUUAAAGAUAAAAAAAGUAUCAAGUUUAGAAAGAAUAAAAAUUAUAAAAAUAAAAAGAAACUUAAGAACUUACUAAAUUAGUAGAUGAAUUCAAAUCUUUUUUACUUAGAACAAGAUCUUCAGGCAAAUUUUGA